AUGGCCUACCCAGCAAUGUUCUGGCAGCACCAGGAGUACCGACAAGGAGCAUCAGGAGAAUCAUCAGGAGAAACAUCAGAAGCAGCAGUGCUCUACUGCUCUAGAAUGGCUUACCCAGCCGUGUUCUGGCAGCACCAGGAGUACCGACAAGGAGCACCAGGAGAAACACCAGGAGAAAUACCAGGAGGAGCAGUAAUACCAACAGUGCUCCCGCCAGCAGUGCCUAUGCUGCAAACACUGAUGCAGCCACUGGGAACAGCAGCAGCAGGUGCAGCAGCAGCAGGGGCAGCAUCAGCAGGAGUAGCAGCAGCAGCAGCAGCAGCAGCAGCAGCAGCAGCAGCAGCAGCAGCAGUAGGAGGAGGAGGAGGAGCAGGAGCAGGAGCAGCAGCAGCAGCAGCAGGAGGAGGAGCAGGAAGCAUGGGACCUCCACCGAUCCAGAUCUACUCCUACUCCCCCGCUUCCUCCUACGGGACCCUCCCCUCCCUCAUUCCCUCUCUCCCUCCCUCGGGCAUCAUCCCUUCUCCUUACUUCACCCCAGGCUUCCCCCCUUCCUUGGUGUAUCCGGGAAAUCUCAGCAAUAGCAGCAGCACGAGUAGGUCCAUGGGUUAUCCGGGAAACCUCAGCCAAAGCAGCAGCACGGGUAGACCGGGAGCUGUGCUUAUGGAUCUAGGCGAUGCAACCGCUGCUCCCAUCCACGCCGUACCCGCAACGACCGGGACAAACAGAGUGCAAGGUGAGCCAUCCUCUGCUCCUUCCAGUCUAUUCACAUGCCAUCAAUACUAUCUCAAGACGGGCACUUGCAAAUACGGAACCUCCUGCACCUUCCACCACCCGCCGCUACUCGCCUCACCGCCUGCCGUCUCCUCCCACCUGCCUCUCAACGCCCUCGGCUACCCUCUGAGACCGACCGGUAUGUAUCACACACACAGGUAUCUGCUCACUCGUGUUUUGCUCUACUCGCCCCACCGCCUGCCGUCUCCUCCCGCCUGCCUCUCAACGCAGUCGGCUAACCCCUCAGACCGACCGAUGAGCACCACACACACAGUUACCUGUAAGAACGGAGUUACCUGCACCUUUCACCACUCCCUACUCGCCUCAACGCCUGCCAUCUCCUCCCACCUGCCUCUCAACGCCCUUGGCUACCCCCUCAGACCGGCCGAGACAGAGUGUGCUUUCUUCAUUCGCACAGAGGGGUGCAAGUUCAGAGCGACAUGCAAGUUCCACCACCCUGACCUGCACACGCCCCUGCUACAUGCCUCCCCUCUCCUCCCCUGUCUUCCGCACAGGGCGAGACAGAAUGUGCUUUCUUCCUCCGCACUGGGCGGUGCAAGUUCGGAGUGUGCACACUCCCCCCUCCCCCUCUUUCCCCGUGCCCCACCACGCACAGGCCGAGACAGAGUGUGCUUUCUUCCUGCGUACGGGUCGAUGCAAGUUCGGAGCGACAUGCAAGUUCCACCACCCUGA